AUGCCUUUAAACAUCCGAGCCAAGCCCUCGCAGAGCAAGCUGUCUGCUGCUGCAAAGAGUAGUGGGCACACCGAUGGCACUACAUCUCAUUCUCGCUUCUCAAGGUCCCCUAAACACGGUAAAGGGAAACAGGCUGUAAGCUCAACACCGGGGUCUCGCUCCGGGCUAGAACCGGGCUCUGUGUCGGGGGGUCCGCCUCCACCAGCGUCUAAAUUGACUGUGGGUCAGGGGUCGGUGUCCAGGCCGGGUGCUAAAAUCAAAGCUGGCGCGGCAGCAGACAAAGGCUCAACUCGUGGUUCGGCGACGGCUCCAGGAGGUAAAACCCUUUCUAUGGAGAACAUCCAGUCUUUGAGUGCUGCCUACGCCACGUCCGGCACCAUGUAUCCCAGCGAGCGAGAGUCCUUGGAGCCCUCCGGUGGUUACCCCAAAGGCACCAUGACGCUGGGCAGAAGCACCAGCCGCUCCUCCUACACUGGCCGAACGACGGCCAUGGGAAGCAGCCCCAACAUCACCUCCUCUGGGAUGCAUCCCUCGUCAGACCCCUGUGGAGAUCAAACGUUACUUUCUGUGGGAGCCUCCAGUUUGCGGCGGCAAUCUGGAAGACACACGCAGGUCCAGGAUUCGAGCGGACGGGGAGAGGUUUACACAUUUGACCUCCAGUCUCAGCUGAGGGAUCUGCAGAGAGAGAACGACAACCUGCGGAGAGAGCUGGAUGGAGGAGGGAGGGAUGGACGGACAGGCCCCAGCGUCAACAAUGUCAACUUUUGGAGCCCAGAUGCUAAGAGAGAAAAGGGGAUGAGGCGGGACGAGGGGGUGAGGACCUCAGCUGUGAAGGACCAGUACAGGACGACCCAGGAGGACUUACAGCAGCUUCCAUUAACAGUUCAGGAGCUUCAGGAGGAGCUGAGGGCUCACAGGGAGAUGAACAGCCGCUUGCAGCAACAGCGGCAGCAGGGGAACUCUGGCUCCUAUAGAGAACUCCAUAUGGACCAGGACCACAGAGGGGGCCUCGAUCCGUCGGAGGAGAACUUCUUCCGACUGCAGUCGGAGCACGAGCGGCAGGCCAAGGAGCUGUUCCUGCUCAGAAAGACCAUGGAGGAGAUGGAGAUGAGGAUCGACUCCCAGAAGCAGACGCUGGGAGCCCGAGACGAGAGCAUCCAGAGGCUGUUGGAGAUGCUUCAGGGACAAGGACAGGGACAGGGUCAAGGUCAGGGCCACUGGGGACGGGGACAGCGGACGGGCAUCAUAACCAUGGCAGCGCAGGAGGCUGAAGCUCAGCUGGAGAACAUGCAUGUGAGAGAGGAGCUUCAUCGUCGCAACCAGCUCCAGGCUGAUCCGGCCAAGACCAGAGCUCUGCAGACUGUCAUUGGUAUGAAGGACACCAAGAUCUCUUCCCUGGAGAGGAACAUCAGAGACUUAGAGGAUGAGGUCCAGAUGUUAAAGACCAGCGGCCUGCUGCAUCCUGAUGACAGGCAGGAUGAGCUCAAGCAGGUGGAAGUCUACAAGAGCCAUUCUAAAUUCAUGAAGACUAAGAUCGAGCAGCUAAAGCAGGAGCUGAACAGGAAGGAGUCAGAGAUGCAGGCCCUGCAGACCAAACUAGAAACACUGACCAAUCAGAACUCCGACUGCAAGCAACACAUCGAGGUGCUAAAAGAGUCGCUCAGUGCCAAGGAGCAACGCGCCAAUACGCUGCAGACAGAGGUGGAUGCUCUGCGGGUGCGUUUGGAGGAAAAGGAGCAGUUCCUGACCAAGAAGACCAAGCAGCUACAGGACUUGAAUGAUGAAAAGAGCACGCUAACAGGAGAAAUCAGAGACAUGAAAGACAUGCUGGAUGUCAAGGAGAGAAAGGUCAAUGUCCUGCAGAAGAAGAUUGAGAACCUGUUGGAACAGUUAAAGGAUAAGGACAAACAGCUGGCUGGAUUGAGGGAAAGGGUUCAGGGCCUUCAAACUGAUUCCAGCAAUACAGACACAGCUUUGGCCACACUGGAAGAGGCUUUAUCAGAAAAGGAGCGAGUGAUUGAGAACCUCCGGGAGCAGAAGGACCGGGAGGACAGGGUUCGGCUAGAGGAGCUGGCGCAGAUGAGGAAGGAGAACCAGGAAUUGAAAGACAAACUCUCAGCCCUGCAACCCCAGAAACUGUCUCAGAGCCAGACUGCUAACCCCAGCCCAACCCAGAACCAGAGGCCUGAUGGAGAGGUGCAAGCCAAAGUAGAUGGACUUCCAACAGUGAGUCCCACGGAAGUUGCUCGCUACAGAGAGGAAUCCGGCAAGUCACAAGCUGAAGUGGAGAGACUGAUGGGGGCUCUGAGGGAUGCCGAGGUGGACAAAUCAUGCAAGGAGAAAAAAAUCACUGAUCUCGAGAGGCAAAUCAAGUCUCCUAACAUUCAGAAGCAGAUGGUGCUGGGUGAGAUGAGGAAAGAUGCCUUGACUGAUGGACAUCCGCACUCUUUAUCGCAGCCUCCUCUGUUAGCUUCCCAGGAUGCCAUGCGGGAGACGGCAGAGCGGAUCAUGGAGUUGGAGAGGGCGCUGAGGGAAAGCAUGAAUACCUCCGCGCAUAGGGAGGCUCUCUGGGCGCAGGAGGAGGCAGCCCGUGUUCAGGCCCAGAGAGAGUUGGAGGAGCUGAUGGGGGCUUUGGAGAAGACGCGUCAGGAGCUGGACGCCACUAAGCUGCGUCUGUCCUCCACGCAGCAGUCCCUGCACGAGAGAGACGGACACCUGAACAGUAUGCGCCAGGAGAGACGCAAACAGCUGGAGGAGAUUCUGGAGAUGAAGCAGCAGGCUUUACUGGCAGCCAUCAGUGAGAAGGAUGCUAACAUUGCCCUGCUGGAGUUAUCUUCCUCCAAACGCAAGAAAGCCCAGGAGGAAGUGAUGGCUUUAAAAAGAGAGAAGGACAGACUCAUGCACCAGCUCAAACAGCAGACUCAGAGCAGAAUGAAGCUGAUAGCGGAUAACUACGAGGAAGAUUACAUCCAUCCCCAACACCAUCCCCAUCAUUCGCACCACUUGCAUCCAGCAAACGUGCAUCACCGAAGCCUGCCAAGGGGGCCCCCCCACGCCAACCACAGGCCCCCUAUGGACCAGGUCAAUAUGAAUGAUGAUGAAGAAGGAAUAUGGGCAUGAUGACCGUUACCGUGGGAACCCGCAUCCAUUUGUUCACACUGCUUGUGGAACCAGAUGCCAUGAGGUUGAACAGCUUCAACUACAAGAAUAGAGAUUCAGCGGCCCAUAUGUACCCACAAUCAUGACCACCAAGCAGAUAUACAGAAACGUUCCAGUACCCAUCAUUUCAACGUACUGAGGUCAGCGAUCAGAUGGUCAGAAACUCUCCAUCUUACCAGUGAAUGUCAGCAUCACUGACAAAUACAGUGACCCACUGAGGACCUGGGCCCACUGUGGGAGAGUGUCCCACAGGACGUCGACCGUUAGCAUACAGUUUAAGGUACUGUCCACUGCCUUCAUUUCCCUAACUGUUGAAUACACCGGAAACUGGAUUUAUUUUACAGUACCAUGGUGCUACAGAGUCCUGGCUUCACAUCAACCAACAGCCACUACACUACAAUCAGCUACAAGCGUGGCGAAGCUGAGCCAGUGGAACUAGCUGUAAACCCAUGCCAAGCCUAGACUGGUUUAUGAUGGCAUGAAUGUGCUUACUUCUGCAGCUAAAUAUCAGACUUUUGUAAAUACGACAACAUGGACCUCAAAAUCCGCAAUCCACAGAAACCUUUUCAAUGUACCGUGCCAAAGGAGACUACCGAAAUGGGACAGCAAAUGAAUCAUUCCCGAUCUUAGACUCCCCAGUAAACC